CUCUUCUGAUAGUGAUUUAACAUUUACUUCAUUCCACGUGUAGAACAAAAGAAAUAAUAAUAAACUCAACGUUUCUAAAUCGUUAGCUUCGUAAUAUAAAACCCGUCAUUAAAAUUAAAACUGCUGGAGCAAAAGUGUCGUUGUCGCAGCUGACAGUCAGCUGGCGGCCUUUGACAGUUGAGAAAAGUUUUGUUUCAAGGGGCUACUAAUAUGUUAAUUAGCUCUCGGAGUGUGCGACCCUAUUGGCUCUUCGUCCGAGUCAAUUUCCCUUUUGCAGCCUGACGUCAGGGCAGCUACAAUGCUCUUAAACUCAUCUGCUGUGUGAUCCCUCUAAAAAAUCGCCCCACCAGUCAGCGGCUCGUAACGUGCGAGGCUGCGUUUGCUCCCUUGCUUUUCGGCUUCUUCUCUGCCUCUCCGCUUGCGCAAUGAAGAAACCGUAAAGUGUUAAAUGUUUGAAAUACAAAACCGCCGAAUUUCACAUGCUGAAAAGGGACUCCGCUACUCGUGCGCGCGGCACUGGUGUGUCUGUGCAAUAGACUCUGCAAAGACAAACUACUCUCACACGCCUGCAAGUCCGCGGCUGCAAAAAGGACGCUGAAAAGCUAAUUUUUUUUUUCAGUUUCAAGACAAAACGCUUAAAAAAUCAAACUGGCUCACGUUCUUUCCAACCAACCCAGUUUGACAGCUGCUCUUCACCCCGCUUGGAGGACUGUCAGCAGCAGCAGCAGCAAGAGGAUGGCAUCAGAGCUGGCAAUGAGCAACUCCGACCUGCCCACCAGUCCCCUGGCCAUGGAAUAUGUUAAUGACUUCGAUCUGAUGAAGUUUGAAGUGAAAAAGGAGCCGGUGGAGCCCGAUCGCAACAUCAGCCAGUGCAGUCGCCUUAUCGCCGGGGGAUCCUUGUCUUCCACCCCGAUGAGCACGCCUUGCAGCUCGGUGCCCCCUUCCCCAAGCUUCUCGGCGCCCAGUCCGGGCUCGGGGAGCGAACAGAAGACACACAUAGAGGAUUUCUACUGGAUGUCCGGUUACCAACAGCAGUUGAAUCCAGAGGCGCUGGGCUUCAGCCCCGAAGACGCAGUCGAGGCGCUGAUCAACAGCAGUCACCAGCUCCAGUCUUUCGAUGGCUAUGCCAGGGGCCAGCAAUUUGCUGGCGCAGCCGGAGCAGGAGGCACCAUGGCCGGGGAAGAGAUGGGUUCCGCCGCAGCGGUGGUGUCGGCAGUUAUCGCUGCGGCAGCCGCCCAGAACGGAGCGCAACACCACCACCACCACCACCACCACGGCCACCACCAGGCACCGGGCGUCCAGUCCAACGGCACUUCUGGGACAAAUCAUCCACACAUGCGCUUGGAUGAUCGGUUUUCAGAUGAGCAGCUGGUCACCAUGUCAGUGCGGGAGCUCAACCGGCAGCUACGGGGGGUCAGCAAGGAAGAAGUGAUCAGAUUGAAACAGAAGAGGAGGACCCUAAAGAACAGAGGCUACGCUCAGUCCUGCCGCUUCAAGCGGGUCCAGCAGCGGCACGUCCUGGAGGGAGAGAAGACGCAACUCAUGCAGCAGGUCGACCACCUAAAGCAGGAGAUCUCCAGGCUGGUCCGGGAGAGGGACGCGUACAAAGAAAAGUAUGAGAAGCUCAUCAGCAACGGCUUCAGAGAAAAUGGAUCCAGCAGUGACAACAACCCCUCAUCCCCGGAGUUUUUCAUGUCAUCGAGAAAAUUCCUCCAUCUGUGAUUUCAGGCCCCAAUCCUUCACGCCCUCGGAUCCCUGAGAUAACCCAACAACUGAGCAGUGAUGACAUCAGAGCGGCUGACCAAUCGCAACAAGACAUCUACAAAGCACAACAUUCAAACUGACUUCACUGAGGAACAACAGACAAGACCUGCUAGAAUCCCUCGAAACCCCUCACAGUGAAACUCUCGAAGGCCUCUUACUACUCCUGUUCCCCUCCCUGAUAUUUUACCUCCAGCUUUUUUCUACAAAACACGAAAAAAAAAAAAAAAAAAGAAGAAGAAAAAAUAACAGACAGACUCAUUAUCAUGUGGUGGCAAACGUCGCUGGAUAUAUACAUCGGAAAGACUAUUUUCUCUUCGUUGGGAUGAUCACUGAUGCAUGCUGUAAAUAGAUCAUAAUAAAGCCCUAUUCUUAUUCCUAAUAUAAGAAACAUACCAAGUUGCUCUCACCAAAUUCAUAAACCUUCAUUACUGUGGAUAGAGUACUCAUGGUUUGAUAUUUUCCAUAUAAAUCCAGUAUUACCUAUUCAGAGCCCACGUGAUUAUCAUUUCAAAUAUCUUUUCUCGAGUCUUUGGAGUUAUUUGGACUUUAAAAAUCAUACUCCUUAUUCUUCUUAUUCUCUUUACGUAACAGCCUAGUCUUCCUCUCCAAUAUCCACGCUAGUACAUGUAAAUAGAGAUGAAUGAACACAAGAGCAUGGACCAGACUAUAGUGUAUAUUUACCACCCAGUUAGAUCACCAAUCUCAGUAUGUGGAUACUUCAGACAACCUUUUUAAAAGUUUAGAAUACUUGAACUUGUUUUCUGAUAGAAAUAGUCCCAGGUAUCUGGACACUUUUCCUAUGUAUUUGAAUAGAUGCAUAAAGGCAUUAGCUGUAGGUAAUGUUGUUAUCCGACGACCUCACUUGGAAACUGAGGCAGGACCCUUUGGUGUCAUCAAUCAGUUACACUGGUAAGCAAACUGAAGGCAUGAAUCUGACAUUACUUUUAAAAACCGGUCAAUCAUUUACUAUUUUCUCCCAGUAUCGACUUAUUUAUUAUUUCCCUUUGCAAUAAUUACCCCCCCUCCCACACAGACAGUCUCCAUGUCCAAAUUGUAACUACUAUAGCAAAGAAGCUGUCAGAGAAGGGAAAAGGACACUUUUUUUUUUAUUUUCUCAGUUUGAAACAGUGCUCCGAUCCUGAGCCUGAACACGAAGGGGGAAAAAGAGCACCUCGCUGACUGCAAUGUAGACAUGAGGACUCUCACCUCCGUCACCAGUGGACUGUGAGGAAAAACCAAAUGGACCGACAGACAACAUGCCAAGCCAAUGAACAGACGAUCUCAAAGAUCAGCCCCUCAUCAGUGAAGACAGGAACCCUUUGCAUGGACAACAGGGAAAAUACUAGUGUAUGAACACCUCAUCUCCACCAUCAUGCAUCCUCUACCUCUCCGUGUGUGCUGUGCAUCGAGGAAUCCAUAUCUUUUUAGAGAUCCCCCCUCUAAUGUCCCCACAGUCCACUUUACUGCUGCAUGUCCCCAUAGAGCCUCAUGAGGAGGGUCCCAGCGUUGAAUGCUACUGACGAACGCUUAUGGCAACGGGGAAAACAAAGCAAACGCUCAAUUUGAUAGAAAUGCACUCACACAUAUGAGCGCAUGCAUACGGAUGCACAAGCAUACACAGCACCACUCGAAUAUGUUGCUGUAUAUAUGUACAGCAUGUAUAGUCUCAGAUGCUGUACUUUGCAUGUUGACUUGUAGAUGGAACGUGACCAUUAUUCAUAGGAGAGGACGUGCAGGUGGUCAGGGGGCCGUCUGUGUGAGUCAACCCAAGCUCUUUGUCAUCUCCCGACUUUGAUUUCUGGAAAUGUACAGUAACUUGACAGAAACAGAUUCAAGUCUCCCGUUCCCGUUGUGAGAGGUUGUCUUCUGCCAAACCGCAGUGCUGUGCACUCUUUGAAGGGACACUCUUUGAACCUGGCCACAGUGAGUGUGGGUAGAAGAAGAGAAGAAGGGGGAAAGGCAAACUGGGGCGCUCCAAUUAAGUGGCAGCACACAACGUGGCAUGGGGCAUCCUGCCAGCAACUGUCUAUUCAUCCCGUGUCAAAGGGAUUUGCACGUCUCAAUGAGUCCACGCACCGACAGAGGAGUCUGAGAGCAGAGAAAGGAGGCGAGGAUUGGCAGAAAUGAGAGAGCAAGAGGUCAUUUUGACCAAAAUUUAAGGUUGUGCUGGGAUUAUGUAGAAGUAUUUUACUGAUCUGACCUCGUUUUCUUUUUUUUUCUUUUUUUUUUUCUUAUGCAGCUCUCUGAGCUGGUAUGACCUCCCGUCCAGUCUGAGGUUAACUGUGUGUUAAUGAGCGUGGCUCUCAGCUCACCCAGAUGUUCAGCCUCAUGGUUAAAUACCUGUUACCCUCUGUGAUUCUUCGAUGCCUGCCCACACAUCUGUACAGAAACAGCUUCACCGAGUGAAAAAUGACACUGAGUAGAGAGGAACUCUGUAGAACAGCUGUGUUUCCCCUUUUUGACACAAAAUAAUAAAAAUUCUGAUCGAG